AUGCUCUAUUCAAAAGUUUUUUUGUUGAAAUCUUCAAAUUUGUUAAGACAUUCUAUUAAAAAAUUGGCAACAAAUCCAUCAAACAAAAACAAUAAUACAGUUUCAUUUGAUGUUAUUGUUAUUGGAGGUGGUCAUGCAGGAACUGAAGCUAGUGCUGCAGCUGCUCGAAUGGGGGCUAAGGUAUUACUGGUUACACAUAAAAAAAGUACAAUUGGUGAAAUGUCUUGUAAUCCAUCAUUUGGAGGAAUUGGAAAAGGAAAUCUUAUGAGAGAGGUAGAUGCUCUUGAUGGUGUAUGUUGCAAAAUAUGUGACAUGUCAGGGAUACAUUAUAAAAUAUUGAAUAAAAAAAAGGGCCCAGCAGUUUGGGGUUUAAGAGCACAAAUAGAUAGAAAUUUAUACAAACAAAAUCUCCAAACUAAACUUUUUAAUACUAGUGGACUACAAAUUUUGGAAGCAUCAGUUGAAGAUCUUUUAUUAGAUGAAGAUUAUAAAAAAUGUUGUGGAAUUAUUUUGAAAGAUGGAAGUAAAAUAAAGAGUAACACAGUUGUCAUAACAACAGGAACAUUUUUAAAAGGUCAAAUAAAUAUUGGACUUGAAACAAAACCAGCUGGACGCUUGGAUGAUGAGCCCAGUAUAAGAUUAGCCAAUACUCUUGAACAAUUAGGUUUUUCUAUAGGAAGAUUGAAAACUGGCACUCCUCCUCGCCUUGAAAAAUCAACGGUAAACUUUUUAAAAUGUAUUCAACAAGAUCCAGAUAAAGUUCCUGAACCUUUCUCUUUUAUGAAUGAUUCUGUAUGGCUGCAGCCAGAAAAACAAUUGCCGUGCUAUUUAACGUAUACUAACGAUAGUGUCACAAAAAUCGUCAGAGAAAAUCUUUACUGCAAUAGGCACGUAAUGGAAGAAAUCAAAGGCCCUAGAUAUUGUCCAAGUAUAGAGAGUAAAAUCCUCAAAUAUCCUCAACUUCAACAUCAAAUUUGGCUAGAACCAGAGGGUCUUGAUUCUCCUAUAAUUUAUCCUGCCGGGUUGUCUUGCACUUUACCAGCGGAUAAACAAGAAGAAUUAGUGAAAAGUAUUUCUGGUUUGGAGAAUGCUAAAAUUGGUAAUAUUAAAAAUAGUAUACUUGUACUGCAACACUACAAUAGUAAUAAUUUAUUAUAUUAUAUUAUAGUUAGGCCAGGAUAUGGAGUUGAGUAUGAUUACAUAGAUCCAAGACAAUUAUUUUCCACAUUAGAAACUAAAAAAAUAGCGAAUCUUUUUCUUGCUGGACAAAUAAAUGGCACCACAGGUUAUGAAGAAGCAGCUGCUCAAGGUAUUAUUGCUGGAAUUAAUGCUGCUGCUAAAGUAUUGAACAAAGCUUCUUUGAUUAUAAGUAGAACCGAAGGAUACAUUGGAGUACUAAUUGACGAUUUGACGAUAGGAGGUACAACAGAACCUUACCGAAUGUUCACCAGUAGAGCUGAAUUUAGAGUAAGCCUUAGACCUGAUAAUGCUGACGAGCGACUUACUCAAAAAGGCUACAAGAUUGGAUGUGUAUCCACAGAGCGAUAUGAAAAAACUAAAAAUUUAAUACAAAAAAUUCAAGAAAGCUUGCAACUACUAAAAUGCACAUCAAAAAAAUAUCAAGACUGGCAAAAGUUAAUAAAUUUACGUCCCAAUAAAAAAAAUCUCCAGAAAACAGCUUUUGAUAUAUUAGCUCAUGAAAAUGUAUUAUUUGAUGAGAUAGCUAUGCAUAUACCUGAACUUUAUCAUCUAAGACAUCACCCUACUUUGGCACACAGAGUAAAGAUUGAAGCAAGUUAUGCUUACGCAGUUAAAGAGCAAAUGCGAGAAGUAGCUGAAAUAAGAAAAAAUGAAAAUAUGGUGAUACCUAAAGAGAUAGAUUAUAGUAGUGAAGGAUUAAACGUCAAAGUAGAAGAUCGGAAUAAGUUUGUUGAAGCGCAACCACAAACAAUUGCUGCAGCAUAUAACAUAGCAGGCAUCACACCAUCUGCUGUUUUAAGAUUGUAUUAUCACGUAAAGCAUAUUCAACGACUCAGAGCAAAAAUGACAUGAUUAUUUAUGCCAUUUAAUGCAAAAUUAAAAUAAAUUUCUAAAUAAAAUAUUUCAUCGCUAAGAAAAAAAGCAUUAGCUUUUCGAAAUUCUUUUUAUUAUAUAUAAACUUAUAUCAAUUGUAGAUGACAAUAAUAAAUUAUAAAUUAAAAAAAAUCUUCAAUUAAUGAACAAUCAAAAGAUAAAACAUUGUAUUCAAAAGACAACAUUGGAUUUCUGGAAAUUAUCGCAUUUAAUCCGUUAA